AUGCAGGCAUCCGGCAUUGCCGCCUGGGGCAAAGGAUCUCACUGGCAGCAAAGUCUGCUCCAACUCUACGCGAUGCCCCAGUCUUCCUUGAAAUUCUCUGUGAUCUCUUUCAGCAGUGCCGUGAACGCCUGCGCACAGGGCGCUCAAUGGCAGAUGGGUCUCGACUUGCUACGAGAGAUGAAUCAGCUGAAGCUUCUCCCAAGCGUGGUGGCCUUCUCUGCUGCCGCCUCGGCUUGCGAGAAAGGCCGCCGCUGGGAGUGGGCGCUGGAGAUGCUGCGGAUUAUGGACCGCAGCGACGUUCUGCCCAAUUUUGUCACGUAUGGUGCAGUGAUCAGCGCCUGUGAAAAAGGCCUCGAGUGGCAACGCGCUGUUGCCCUGUUAACGGACAUGCAAGACAACAAGGUCUACCCCAACACCGUGUGCUUCAACGCUGCCAUCAGUGCCUGUGAGAAAUGCGCGCAGGCCGAUGUGGCUUUGAAGCUCUUCCGGUACAUGCAAGAUCGGGGCCCACGUCCCGACGUCAUCAGCCUGAAUGCCGUCACCAGUGCCUGCGAAAAAGCGCGGCGCUGGCAGGAGGCUUUGGCUCUGCUCAGUUUGCCGAACAGCGGGUUCGGUCCGCAAGUGAUCACCUACAACGCUGCCAUCAGCGCUUGCGAGAAAUGCCUUGAGUGGCAGUGGGCGCUGCAUUUGUUCAGCACCAUGCCGGAGGCGAGACUGACACCCGACGUGAUCAGCCUGAACGCUGCCAUCAGCGCCGCAGAGAAGGUGGGGAAGUGGCAGAUUGCUCUGGCCUUGCUGUUUGGGCACGGCUGGCAUCCUCCACCCAACACGAUCAGCUACAACGCCACCAUCGCUGCAUGCGAAAACGCUCGCCGAUGGCAGCUCGCUCUUCAUCUCUUUCACGGUCUUCAUUCCGCGCAACUUCAUCCAAGCCUCGCCACAUACACCGUGACCAUCGCUGCGUGCGAGAAGGCGAGGCAGUGGGAGGUUGCACUUGUGCUGAAGGAUGCGGCUCUGGCUUCAAAGAUUCGAGGGUCAACGAACGAGUUUGUGGUGAUGUAUAACAGCGCCAUCUCCGCUUGCGAAAAAGCGAGGCGCUGGCAGUACUCCCUGACGCUGCUCGCGGAGCUCCGACAUUCGCGGCUUCAGCCCACCAUGGUGACCUACGGUGCUGCGAUAACGGCUUGCAGCCGCUACACCGUCUGGGCUGCAGCUCUGGAGCUGUGGUCGGAUCUUCGGCGCGAGCGGGUGGACACGGACACGGCGAUCUUCACCGCGGCCCUGAACGCCUGCGAGAGGAAUUGGAGGAGUGUCAUUAUGCUCCUCGAGGAGCUCCGCGGCGAAGCCAUGGAGCCGGAUUUGUACACAUACAAUGCGGCGCUGACCAGUUUGGCCCAGGGCCGCCAGUGGCAGCGGGCGCUGCGCGAGUUCCGCGAGACCUUUAAAGGAUCCGACUUGGAUCUGACGCCGAAUCGGGUAUCCUACUUCGCAGUCUUCUGCGCCUGCUUGGAAGGAGGCCGUCCGGCGGAACUCCUCCAGUUUUACGAGGAGAUGGCACACCAAAGAGUGGAGCUAGACGCCACAGCAGCCGGGGCUGCAGUGGAUGCAUGUGAGGCCCCACAGUGGGAGAUUCGGAUUAGUUUUUGCUUGGUUGGGUAA